UUUUAUGGUUUAUUUUGUCCUACAAGCAAAAUCCUGAUCCAUACUUUAUUCCAGUCGGUGGCGGUAAUGCACCAGUCAGUUAGGUUGCCAACCGCCAAUAAACACCAAAGAAGAAGAAGAAGAAGUAUCGUUUGUUCCGCAUUUAUCGUCUGAAAGAUAUUCUGAAUGGAAUGACAGAUUCGAGCAAACGUGAAUCGAGUGGCUUUGCAGGUAGAGUCUCACGCAGCGGAUGAUUUAAAGCUGAAAACAUGGCAAGGUUCAUGAGUAGACUAUGGUGUAAGGUGGAGUCAUCCGGUCGUCAUCUGCCUAUCGUUCUGAACGCCGUGCUGGUGUUCUCCAUUACUGCCGAGGUCAGUUACCUGGUGCUGGUGGAGGCUCCCCUUGAGCCAGAACAGAAGAAGACCGAGUGGUCCACCAUGUGGAAGGCCAUGCAUCUCUUCGCUCAGUACUUCAUGUUGGGAAAUAUAACUUGGAAUGCAUCGUUGUUUGUCAAAACUAACCCAAGUAUUCGAGGAGUGUUUCUUGGAGGGGAUGCAUUGGGUCAAGGGUGGAGGUAUUGUUACAACUGUGAGACACACACUCCGCCACGAUGCUCACACUGCUAUGACUGCAACGUGUGUGUACUGCGGCGUGAUCACCACUGUGUUUUUUUUGGCGAGUGUGUCGGUUUCCACAAUUACCGGUAUUUCCUGACCUGUCUGCUCUUCAUGUGGGCAGGGCUGCUUUAUGCAGUAGUCAUGAAUGCUGAGGUCUUCAUUGUCAUCCUGAAGGAGGGUGUGACAUUUCACAGCAUCAUGCUUUUGCUCGUGCCCUGGAUAAUGCUCGUCUCUGGACAGGUGACGGCACGAGCGUUUGCCUUUGCAUUCAUUGCUGACACUUGUGUACUGGGCUUCCUAUUGGUUGCGGCAUUCCUCUUCUUUCAUGUGGCUCUGAUGCUGAGGGGACAGACCACACGUGAGUGGUACUCCACACGGCAGCCUUACAACCUAGGAGCGCUGGCUAACAUCAGGGAAUGCUUGGGCAAGUACUGGUACAUCUGCUGGCUCUGUCCUUUGAUACCUUCCCCACUGCCUGGAGACGGCAUAAACUUCAAGGUGACAGGUUCACUAGAGCCCACGAAGUAGGGUGUGCACUGAUAGAUAUUUUCUCAUUGCAAUUUUAAUACAUUGGCCCAGCUGAUGCAGAAUGGCAUGUUGUUGAGCCUGAAGCAGCGACUGCAUGCUGUGCUCACACCAAACAAUUAGCAGCUCUUACCAGCUAUUUUUUAUCUGAAGAACCAGCAAGACAUGCUGAUUUCUGAUUUCACUUUACAAUUGUUUUUGCUCAUCAGCAGUCUUAAAGUUUUUGUUUGGUGUUAAUUUGGUGUAUGUAAAGUAAAUAUUUUAUUAUGCAUUUUUUUCUUACUUGUUCUAUUGUGUAAUAUUUGCAUUUGUGAAGCUACCAAUUUUUUGCAAG